CCGGACACUGGGGAAGUGAGUCUUUGUAUAGUCAGGGUUUCUACUGGGCAGGGCCAGCUGUUAAUCCUCCAGGCGGACACCGGGGCGGUGGGCAGAUGUGGCAUAUAGGUGGCGUCGGCUGGUGAGAAACACCUAGCACAGGUAAAAGGGUGGCGGCGAGAGGGAGUUCCCACCUGUUGCGCUUUUAAAGAAAUGAAGACUUAAGAAAAUACUAAGGAGGGGCCGAUCGGUGUCUUUCCGACGCUCCCGGAGCCCCACCCUCGGCAAAAGGAAAAGCCCCUUGAGUGAGAGGCAGACGCUUCAGAGAAACCUAGAAGAAAAGCGUCUCUUUCUGCGCUCCACCUCCUCGGCCUCGCACUCCCGCUGCGCCGCCAGCCCCGCCAGCACCCGGCCGCGGCCCGUCGCCCGGCCAAGCCCUCCCACCCCGGCCUCCGCUGCCUCGGCCGGCGACCUGCCCCGAGUACUCCCAUGGCGGCAAUCCCAGUCACACGUUUCCGGAGCGGAGCCCUCUGUCGGCAGCUCCUGCUGACCCUCACGAUCUUAGUGUUUUCCUGUGAUGCUUGCAAAAAAGUGACACUACAUGUUCCCUCCAAACUAGAUGCUGAGAAAUUUGUUGGUAGAGUCAACCUGAAGGAGUGCUUUGAAUCUGCAAAUUUAAUUCAUUCAAGUGAUCCUGAUUUCCAAAUUUUAGAAGAUGGUUCAGUCUAUACAACAAAUGCUGUCCUUUUGUCCUCGGAGAAGAGAAAUUUUACCAUAUCUCUUUCCAACACUGAGAACUGGAAAGAGAAGAAAAUACUUGUCCUUUUAGAGCAUCAAACAAAGGUACAACAGCAAAGUCAUUCUAAAGAAAAGGUUCUAAGACGUGCCAAGAGAAGAUGGGCUCCGAUUCCUUGUUCAAUGGUAGAGAAUUCCUUGGGUCCUUUCCCACUUUUUCUUCAACAGGUUCAAUCUGAUACAGCACAAAACUACACUAUAUACUAUUCUAUAAGAGGACCUGGAGUUGACCGAGAACCCAUGAAUUUAUUUUAUGUAGAGAGAGAUUCUGGAAACCUGUAUUGUACUCGUCCUGUAGAUCGUGAGCAGUAUGACUCUUUUGAGCUAGUUGCCUUUGCAACAACUCCAGAUGGAUAUCAUCCAGAAUUUCCACUGCCCCUAGUAAUCAAAAUUGAGGAUGAAAAUGAUAACUACCCAAUUUUUACAGAAACAACUUACAUUUUUACAGUUGCUGAAGACAGCAGAGUUGGUUCUACCGUGGGACAGGUAUGUGCAACGGACAAAGAUGAACCUGACACAUUGCACACACGCCUGAAGUACUCCAUCCUCCAGCAGUUGCCAGCGUCACCCACCCUGUUUGCUAUGCAUCCAACUACAGGUGUGAUCACCACGACAUCAUCUCAGCUAGACAGAGAGUUAAUUGAUAAGUACCAGUUGAAAAUAAAAGUACAAGACAUGGAUGGUCAAUAUUUUGGUUUGCAGACAACUGCAAUUUGCGUCAUUAAUAUUGAAGAUGUGAAUGACAACUUGCCAACAUUUACCAGUACUUCUUAUGUGACGUCAGUAAAAGAAAAUACAGUUGAUGUGGAAAUCUUACGUGUUAGCAUUGAGGAUAAGGAUUUAAUUAAUACUGCUAAUUGGAGAGCUAAUUAUACCAUUUUAAAAGGCAAUGAAAAUGGAAAUUUUAAAAUUGUAACAGAUCCCAAAACCAAUGAAGGAGUUCUGUGUGUGGUUAAGCCACUGAAUUAUGAAGAAAGACGACAGGUGACCCUGCAAAUUGGUGUAGUUAAUGAAGCUCCAUAUUCUAAAGAGGUCAGUUCAAGAUUAGCCAUGAGCACAGCAACAGUUAUUGUUAAUGUAGAAGAUCAGGAUGAAGGCCCUGAGUGUAGCCCUCCAGUACAAACUGUGCGAAUUAAAGAAAAUGCACCAGUGAAAACAAGGAUCGAUGGAUACAAAGCAUAUGACCCAGAAACAAGAAAUAGCAAUGGCAUCAGGUAUAAGAAAAUAAAUGAUCCAAAAGGCUGGGUCACUGUUGAUGAAAACACGGGAUCAAUCACAACUUUCAGAAGCUUGGAUAGAGAGGCAGAGUCUAUCAAAAAUGGUAUAUAUAAUGUUACAAUCCUUGCAUCAGACAAAGAUGGAAGAACAUGUACUGGGAUACUGGGAAUUAUCCUUGAAGAUGUGAACGAUAAUGGCCCAUUAAUACCUAGACAAACAGUGAUAGUCUGUAAAACCGUCAUGACCUCCCCAGAGAUUGUUGCUUUUGAUCCUGAUGAUGUAAUAAAUGGCCCACCCUUUAGCUUCAGUUUGGAGAGUGUUUCUGAUUCAGACAUACAGAGAAUGUGGAGACUGACAAAAAUUAAUGAUACAGCAGCACGUCUUUUCUAUCAAAAUGACCCUCCAUUUGGAUCAUAUACAGUGCCUGUCAGAGUUACAGAUAAACAUGGCCUGUCCCAUGUCACUCCGUUAAAUGUUAUUGUAUGUGACUGUGUUACCGAAGAUGAAUGCUCAUAUCGCAUAGACCAAAGGACAGGUGGUGGUGGACAACUAAAGCUUGGAAAAUGGGCCAUCCUUGCGAUAUUGUUGGGCAUAGCCUUGCUAUUUUGUAUCUUAUUUACCUUAGUCUGUGGGGCUACUGGGGCAGCCAAAAAGCCAAAAGUAAUUCCUGAUGAUUUAGCCCAGCAGAACCUCAUUGUGUCAAACACUGAAGCUCCUGGAGAUGACAAAGUGUGUUCCGUGAAUGGCUUCACAACCCAUGCCGUGUGCAGUUCAUCUCAGGGAAUGUGUGGUACCAUGGGAUCGGGAGUGAAAACUGGAGGGCAGGAGACCAUUGAAAUGGUGAGAGGAGGACAGCAGACCUUGGAAUCCUGCCAGGGGGUCGGCCAUCAUCACACACUGGAAUUGUGUAAGGGAGGAGGACAGCACACCCUGGAUUUCUGCAGGGGAGGACAUGUGGAAGUGGACAGCGGCAGAUGCACUUUAUCUGAGUGGCAGCAUUUCACUCAGCCUCGUCUUGGUGAAAGGGUCCAGCUGUGUGAUCAAGAUGACAAUCAUAAGCACGCUCAAGACUACGUCCUUACAUACAACUACGAAGGGAAGGGAUCGGUGGCUGGCUCUGUGGGCUGUUGCAGUGAACGACAGGAAGAAGACGGGCUUGAAUUUUUGGAUCAUUUGGAACCCAAAUUUAGGACACUAGCAGAAACAUGCAUAAGGAGAUGAGUACAUUCUAAUAAGUCUACAAAAGUCAGUGGCUUUAUCACUUACAGAAAAAUAUUAAAAGUCAGAAUGUUUUAAAAAUAGAAGGUGCUGUGUUUGGCGCUCUCCCCCCUUUAUUUUGAUAGGAUCUCUAUAGCGAAAUGCACAUUUAUUGAGAAAUAUUGUAAGGGAUUGCACAAAUCUCCCAAUUCUUACACAGUUUCCAGUUGCUUGUCUUCCACCCAAAUAGAUCUACAGAAAUGGAAAUAUUAAGGAAGGCUGCAUUAAUGUUUACACUUGGGUAUAGCAACAACAGCCAAUUUAUAGUGCAAUAAAAUAUAAUUAAUUUAAGUCUGUAUCAUAGACUACUUCAAGGAUAACCUAAUAGAAAACUGUAGAGACCUUGCUUUAACAUGCUCUCCAAUUACCUAGUUAAUUGUGUGGUGCUUGAAGACUGUUCUCCUAAACAUUCUAAAGUAUAUAUACGGCAUUCUUAGUAUCGGUUUACUCUUAGAACAUGACCUUUCUUCAUAAUGCAAAGGGAGAUUUCCAACCAGGCACUGACUGUUACUACACUUCCAUUUUGGUGGAGUUUAGUUUCUACCUUGUAUUUUAUAUGAAAUCCUAUACUGAGUCUACAUUUCCUCUGUUACCCACCUUGUCAGCAAAAUUUAAAUUUAAAAAAUCCUUUAAGAAUAUAAUUUUACUCCUGCAAGGUUUUGCUCAUGCUCUCUCUCUCUCUCCCCUCCCUUACCCCCCCUCUCCUCUCCUCUCCUCCUCCUGCUUCCCUUUUUUUCUCCCUCUUCUUCACCAUCUCCCUUUCUGUUUAUUUCUCUCUCUCUUUCUCUCCUCUUUGUUUUUUACAAUUCCUACUUGGAUUGGAGAAUCUAAAUAUUUUUAAAAGUCAUUGGUCUUUUCUUCUCUUAUAAAGUGAGUUAUUCUGUUUCUGUUUUCUGUAAGGGCACGUAUUCUUGGUUUUUCUUAAAAUCAAUGGAAUGUUGACUUUAUUGUUUCAAAUACCUUGGUGAAUGCUUCAUUUUCUCUUCAACAAAGAACCUUUAAUUUUGCCUUUGAAACUGUAAAAAUGUGUCCUAUUUUUAUUAGAUGCAACUUUCUAUGUUAACAAAAGGAAUAAUGUAAUUAAAAUUGGGAUGUACUUAUUUUGUAUAUAAUAGAAUAUUUACAGUUUAUAUCUUUAAUGCAAGGAUACAGUUUAUAAAUACAAAAUAGUGGAUUGUUUUUAAAAUAAACUGAAGUACAGAGAUUGUGAGAGCUCUCUAGGAACAACUAUUUUAUAACUUUUUAGAUGACAUGUCUAGUCAUACCCUAUAUUUUUGUAAAGUUAUUUUUUAAUGUUUCAAGAUUACAGUUUUUAACAAAUGUAGAGCAAACUAUUAAAAUUUUAACACAGUAAGACAAAAUUAAACUUAACAGUCAACCAAAUUCCAGGCCUGGUUUCACAGCUGAUUUCAGUCAGUAAAUUUUCUAUGUAUGCUAACCUUGUGGACAUUUUAAAUGUAUUUCUAAUAUAUAUGAUUAUUAGUAAUAUGCUUAUCUUGAAUUCAGAAGGUUGGCUUAUAACAAUUAUUUUUAAGGAUUAACAUUGGGUAAUUGUUCAAUAAUCAGUUUAUCUUUUCAAUAGUUUCAUUACUACUCAGUCAAAUAUGCUAUUUCACAAAGUUAUUUUUAAUAAAUUAUGUACAAAAUUCUUGUAUAUUACUAGUUAUGAUAAAGUAAAUCAAGUAGUCUUUAAAAAUUAGUAUCAGUUUGUUAAUCAUGUGUCUAAUAUGAGCUUUUGGGAUUUUAUUUUCUUGGAGAAAUGAGUCUCUUUUUUAGACUCCUCUUCUACAUUGUUUAGAAUUUUGGAGUUUGAUUUGGAGAGAUCAUUGCUCCAUUGUUAUCACCACAUUUAUAUAAAUUUUCUAUUCUAAAUACUGUGAUACUAUGGGAUAUUGGUUAAGUUGCAUAUUUCUCUGUCUGGGUUUUUUUUUUUUUUUUUAAUCAUAAAAUGGGGGAUAAUAAUAGAGCUCCU